AGCGCUGCAGCUGAGCUCGAACAACAGUUUCGCUCCUUGCCUUCCAGCCACCGUCCUCAUCGCCAACAUGGCGAGCACACCGCCGGACAAGUUCUCGUCGGUCAUCCUGACCUUGGGAGCCGGCCUUCUUCUCUACUCGGGCGCCUCCAUUGCCGUCACCUGGGUACAGCAGACAUUCCAGCGCCGCUCUUCGACCUCCGAUCAUGACCCGUCUGCUCCUCCCUCCAAAUCCUGGCAGGAAAGCACAGUGACCGUUUCCUACCCCACGGAUCCCUCGAUGUGCCAGUACCCUUCUGCUGCCGCCCCUCCUACUGGCGGUGGACAACCGUCACGCCCGCUCUUGCUGGCGGGAGCCCUGCUCAGGUUGAUCGACGUGGUUGCUGGAGUAGCGGCCAGGCGACAUGCCGGGCAGGGAUGCGUGACUGUUAGCCUCGAUAGUGUCCUGUUUCUGAGUCCAAUCUAUUUGGGCGACUUGAUCCACCUGUCCGCAGCGGUCAAUCGUUCCUUUAGCUCUUCCAUGGAGGUAGGCGUGAGGGUGCUGGCUGAGAGUCCCGAUGAUCCAGGACGCUUGAGCUAUGUUUCCCACGCCUACCUCACCUUUGUCCUGCGCAAGACCUCGGAUCAGCCCACACGUCUGCCCCGAUUGGUCCCAGAGACAAAAUUGCAAUGGCGGCGCCACUUCCUUGCGGGGCAUAGACGUGCCCGUCGUCUAGCUGCUGCGGCAAAAGGGGUGGACGAGGACGCGAUUCCACGCUCUGUGCUGGAGGAGGUGCGCGAAGUUGUGAUGAGGAUGGGGGCGAGUGGCGGGAGAAGGAGGGACAGGGAGGUGGGCAAGAGGACAAUCGAGAGAGGGGAGAGGGAGAUUAUGGCGCGUGCAAUGUAUGGACGCAGGGACUCGACGCUGGUAAUCCAGGAGGACAACGACGGGCACGUCCUUGGGCAUCUACGAGGCGAGCCAGAAGCAGCUGGUGGCCAAGUCAUCCGACAGCCACUGGAAGAAGUCAAGGCUACUGCACGUCACUUGGGCCUGCUUCACGAUGGUCUUGGCAAUGAGACGCAGGAAGAAAGUCAUGACUCGAAAUUGUCGAAUCCAUCACCACCGCUGCCGAGGAGGACACGCUCGAGGAUGGGGUCAUUCCUCUCCCCGCACCUUUGCGGACCCUUUGACACGUCGGCGCAAGGAACCCAAGGUCACCGCGACGUCCUGAGUGAGAUUGCCAUCGAGGAUACGCUUGCCACCGUACUCCAGAUCGUUUUCCCCGAGCACACCAAUUCAGUCUCGAUCCUCUUUGGUGGCCAGACAAUGGCCUGGCUGGAGCAAGCUGCGCUGAUCAGCGCGAGGAAUGUGGCAAGAGGCUUGCCAAAUGUGCACUGGAAGACGGUCGCGAUGGAUGGAUUGGAGUUCAAGCGGCCGGUCGUCGUAGGAGAAGUCAUGACCUUCACAGCGGUCGUUCUACGCACCUUCACGCGCUCAUGCGAAGUUUACGUAGUUGCCUCGGCCGAAUCACACGACCACGCAGGUGGGAAGCGACGCUUCACGAAUGACGCGCUCUUCACGCUAGCACUGGCUGCCCCACCUGACGAGGAUGCAGGAGGAGAGAUAGAAGGAGCGUUGAGACGCAUAGUGAUACCAGAGGAAUCGCCCCUGGAGACGUAUGCAGGGGCUGCAGAGAGGAGAAAGGGCAGGAGGCUGCAAUUGAGAGAGAUGCUCAUGCGCAUCUACGGCCCGAGCGAGGAGCAAUGACACUCAGUUGCAUUCCAUUACUCUCUCUGCUCCCUGCCCUUAUACCCUCUCCUUACAUUCCCUCUCCAGCCACUUCAAUCCCAGCUCGCCAUCCUUCCCUUGCUUCUCAAGCACC